ACAAGGACGAAAAACAGCGAACUUGUUAUCGCAAUGAAAUUGUUAUUGCAUUGACAUAAAAUAGAAAAUUCUGUCAGUUACCUUACAUAGAAACCGUUGCUAUAGUCACCCUUCAAUAGUCACCCAGGAAAAGUCAAUGAAUCGUGUUAUGUGAUGUAUAAUAGAAACACAAUGAAAUAAAAGAUUAAAUUAACCAUGGCCUCGAAAACACCAGAAAAUGGAAACGACCAAGGCUCCGUGCAAAUAAAUAAAAAGAUUUUGGAACUGAAAAAGAAACUAUUGCUGGCUGAGGGUCAAAAGAAAGCGUACAUUGGUGAAUGGACUCAAAAGGAAAAGCAAAAUUCAGAUUUGGUAACCGAGCUGAAGAAGGACAUAAAAGAGUUAACAGGAAAACUUACAUACUUGAACAAUGCCAAUUCGCGAAAAAGUGUUGAAAAUCCGCAGGAGGUCGUUCGAAAAAUUCCUUAUCCACCAGGAGCGAAAACAGCAGAAGAGGCGGUGCAAAUAAUUGACCUGAAAUUUAUUGACUUAACGAAGCAGUUGGAUCUGCUGAACGACAAAUACUUAAAACGAAAAACAUUCUUCGACAAUUUGCUUGAACAAUACCACGAAGCAUUAGCUAAUAAAAAUGAUAAUCAAGAUCCGGCCGUCGAACACGUACCGAGCACAAUUGAAGAGGCCGAAAGUCGAAAGCUUAUUUGUCACUUGGAAAAUUCCAUACACAAAAAGACAACGCAAUGGAUGGAAGCCGAACACAUUUUUAAGAAAUAUAAGUCAAUCAAAGUGUCUCUGAUGGCUGAUUCCGAAAAAUUUGAAAAAUCUUUACUGGAAUUAGAAGAAGCAAUAACGGAUCAACAAGUCGAUAUAGCUAGAAUGCAACAAAUACACAACGAAGCUAUUCAGAUGAGGGAUGCCACGAAGAUUAUACUAAUGAGACAAGAACAUGCUGCGCAUGUAUCGACAAGAUCUAGGGAACGGCAAGCGUUCGACUUUCGACGCCAAGUUGAAGAACGAAAAGCAGAGCUAGAACGAUUGGAGCGAAAACUUUUCUCAACAGGCAAAGCCUUAGUCCAUCAGGGUAGUAUGGAAUCGACAACUGACCAACAAACGGGCAAAAAAGUUGGUAAACAAGAUUCGAAUGCACAAGCUCAAGAGAUGACUAGCGAAAUGGAAAUGGAGUUUAAAGCAUUGAUGGAGACGACUGGGGCAACGACAACAGUGGAAGUGCUCGAACGUUUCAUAGCACAAAAGGAAUCAACAUCACGCCUAAAUUAUCUGAGAACAGUGACUGAAGGUGAAAAAAAGCAUCUGGAAGUUCAAAGGGAAAUGCUUUUAUCUCAAUUAGAAACGUCGAAAUUUUCCGAUGUUAAAGAAAAUGAAAUAAAUCAAGAGCAAGUCGAACAAUUCAAAAACACCAUCAGCGAAGAACAACAACGCGAGGAACAGUGUAUGAAAUCAUACGCGCACACCAAUUAUGUCAUCAGUUCUAUCAAGUCAACUUUGUUGGACCUGGUUUUAAAAUUGCAAGAAGUAGAUGAAGCUAUAGAUCCCGUUCAAACAGUUGGCAGCAUCGACUUCCAAUUAGAAGAUUUAAUUAGUGGAAACAUUUCCAACGACUUGCUCUUGCGGAUACUCGAAGACAAAUUACGCAAGGGAUUAAUUUCAAGCGGUCAAGUGGAAAAAGAGACUUGUUUGGAUGAAGACGAUCUUGCUAUCAAAUUAGACGAACUUCAAGUUCCAACUCAACAGUCACCGUGUCCUACCACUCGACCAACUUCUGCAUUGGACGAAAGAGAACGGUUGCCACCACAAGCAUUUCCGACAUGUUAUUCCAAUUUAAUGGCUGGUCGCACUACAACAGGUCAAAUAUCGUCAGCAUCACCUGGUCAGGCAAAUCAGCCAGCACCAACCGAUGACGAAGGUGAUGUGCCAUCAAGAGGAUUCCUGAAACGACAGGCACAGUACAUUGUAGAUUCAAAAUCGCGACGUAAAGGAUUUAGAGUAGCGCGUCGUUGAAAAGAAAAAUGAAAAUUUGAAUUGUCCAAAUAACUCAAAUCAACGAUUCAGGAUCGCAGCAUUUGGAUUCAGAUAUCACAAUCGUACAUAUCAUGAAUAAGUCCUAGAGCCCAUUCAUUCAUAUUCACUUUGGUAUGGUGCAAUAACACAUUACCAAUGUUGGCAA